ACCAUAGAGUAUUUAUACAGUCUAUGGUUUAGACCGGCGGAACUUAUCGUCCACUGGGAAACUGUUGCGCUUCGGACGCCAUGUUGGUUACACAGAUCCGAGCCACCCAGAACGGAGGAAACCGGUUCACCCACAACGGAGAUGUUUUCUUCCCUUGACAGUCUGGUGCCUGACAGGUGAUUACACUGUUAAGCACACUGUAAAGCUCCUCCUCAGUUUGCUACGUUGGAGACAAACCUGGAAAAUUCAGAACGGAAAACUAAGACAAGGACAUAAGCUAUCAAUAUGGAUACCUCAAAACUUCCUAAGAUCCAGGAUGAGGAGCGAGAAAGCGAGUUUGGAUAUGUACAUGGAGUUUCUGGACCAGUGGUGACAGCUACUGCGAUGGCAGGAGCAGCCAUGUACGAGCUGGUUCGUGUAGGUCACAGUGAGCUGGUGGGAGAAAUCAUCCGUUUAGAAGGAGACAUGGCAACUAUCCAGGUCUACGAGGAGACAUCUGGUGUGUCUGUCGGUGACCCUGUCCUUCGGACGGGAAAACCCCUUUCUGUAGAGCUUGGACCAGGAAUCAUGGGCUCCAUUUUUGAUGGUAUCCAGCGUCCACUGAAAGACAUCAAUGACCUCACUCAAAGUAUCUAUAUCCCAAGAGGAGUAAACAUUGGUGCUCUUAACAGAGACCUCAAAUGGGAAUUUUCCCCCGGACAGAGUCUGCGUGUUGGCAGUCAUGUGACAGGUGGCGAUAUCUACGGCAUGGUGUUUGAGAACUCCUUAAUAAAACACAAGCUGAUGCUUCCUCCUCGCAACAGAGGCACUGUCACCUACCUAGCCCAACCUGGAAACUACGAUAUUUCUGAUGUGGUUCUGGAGCUGGAAUUUGAGGGUGUGAAGGAGAAGUUCACCAUGAUGCAGGUGUGGCCGGUACGACAAAUCCGCCCAGUCACAGAAAAACUACCUGCCAAUCAUCCGCUGCUGACUGGUCAGAGAGUUCUGGACGCACUUUUCCCUUGCGUGCAGGGUGGCACUACUGCUAUACCAGGCGCCUUUGGGUGUGGAAAAACGGUGAUCUCACAGUCGUUGUCCAAGUACUCCAACAGUGACGUAAUUAUAUACGUUGGCUGCGGAGAGCGUGGAAAUGAAAUGUCUGAAGUGCUGCGGGAUUUCCCCGAGCUUACUAUGGAGGUCGAUGGCAAGACUGAGAGCAUCAUGAAGAGAACAGCUCUGGUUGCUAAUACAUCCAACAUGCCUGUGGCUGCCAGAGAGGCCUCCAUUUAUACAGGGAUCACACUGUCCGAAUACUUCCGAGAUAUGGGCUAUAAUGUGAGCAUGAUGGCCGACUCGACGUCCCGAUGGGCCGAAGCUCUGAGAGAAAUCUCUGGAAGAUUAGCUGAAAUGCCUGCUGACAGCGGGUAUCCGGCUUACCUGGGCGCCAGGCUCGCCUCCUUCUAUGAGCGCGCCGGACGUGUGAAGUGCCUGGGGAAUCCUGAGAGAGAAGGCAGCGUCAGCAUUGUCGGAGCUGUGUCACCCCCUGGUGGAGAUUUCUCAGACCCCGUCACUUCAGCCACAUUGGGCAUCGUUCAGGUGUUCUGGGGGUUGGACAAGAAGCUGGCCCAGAGGAAGCACUUCCCCUCUGUAAACUGGCUGAUUAGCUACAGCAAGUACACACGAGCCCUGGAUGAAUAUUAUGACAAACAUUUCCCUGAGUUUGUUCCUCUCCGUACAAAAGCCAAGGAGAUUCUACAGGAGGAGGAGGACCUGGCUGAAAUAGUGCAACUUGUAGGCAAGGCUUCUCUUGCUGAGACCGAUAAGAUCACUCUAGAAGUUGCAAAGCUCAUUAAGGAUGACUUCCUGCAGCAGAACGGUUACACCCCUUACGACAGGUUCUGCCCAUUCUACAAAACUGUUGGCAUCCUCUCAAACAUGAUCUCGUUUUACGACAUGGCCCGACACGCGGUGGAGUCCACGUCACAGAGCGACAACAGAAUCACCUGGACCAUGAUCAGGGAGCACAUGGGAGAGAUCCUGUACAAAAUCAGCUCCAUGAAGUUCAAGGACCCUGUUAAGGAUGGCGAAGCUAAGAUCAAAGCAGACUUCGCCCAGCUGAUGGAGGACAUGCAGAACGCCUUCCGGACGCUGGAGGAAUGAGUUUCCUACCUCUCCGUUCCUCUCCCAAAUAUCUAAACCCCAGUGCAGUGCAACAUAGUGCAGAUAGAAUGACCCGUGGUCUGAAUGUCUGUCUCAGUCACGUGAACUCUUAUGAUUUCUUAGUCUUCCCUUUCCUUUUAAACAUUCCUGCCCACAUUUCCAUU